CGAGAGUGACGUUCUCCUGUUGCUGCCUUUUCAUUUUUUUUUUUCUUUUGUUGGUUUAACCCACAGAUACUUCAGAUCUGCAUCGUCCUCUUUCUCCCGACUCUUCAACAAUUGUCAUCGUCGUUGUUUUAUUUCUCCUUUCCGGCUGUGAGUUUGCCGGAGGGAGGAGGGAACCCUAGCCCCGGCCGGAAAGAGGCUGCGGAGAUGGAGGAGGCCCUAGAGAUGGCGCUGUCGAAGGACACGAAGGAGAGGAUGGCCGGCGUGGAGCGCCUCCAUGACUACUUGGAGAACUGCCGGAGGAGCCUCUCGUCGGGUGAGGUCACUUCUCUAGUCGACUGCUGCCUUGAUCUGCUCAAGGACAGUAACUUCAGGGUCAGCCAGGGCGCCCUGCAGUCGCUCGCCUCUGCGGCCGUUCUCUCCGGCGAGCAUCUCAAGCUCCAUUUCAACGCGCUCGUCCCCGCCGUCGUCGAGCGCCUCGGCGAUGCCAAGCAGCCGGUGCGCGACGCCGCCCGCAGGCUUCUCCUCACUCUCAUGGAGGUUUCUUCACCAACAAUAAUUGUUGAAAGAGCUGGAAGUUAUGCUUGGACACACAAGAGUUGGCGAGUUCGUGAAGAGUUUGCACGUACAGUGUCUUCAGCAAUUGGGCUUUUUGCCUCUACUGAACUCACCCUUCAGCGUGUCGUACUUCCUCCGGUGUUGCAAUUACUGAAUGACUCAAAUAAUAGUGUAAGAGAAGCUGCUACAUCAUGCAUAGAGGAGAUGUAUACUCAAGUUGGACCACAAUUUCGUGAUGAAUUGCAUCGACAUCAGCUUACCCCAUACAUGGUCAAGGAAAUCAAUGCUAGACUUGAGAAGGUUGAACCCAAGGUUCGUUCUUCAGAUGCACUUGCCAGUCAUUUUGGUUCUCGAGACAUGAAGCCUACAAAUCUACCUUCUUCAUUAAGCCAAAAAAAAAGCAGUCCUAAGGUCAAGAAUUCGGCACGUGAAAGUUCUCUUUUUGGUGGUGAGAAUGAUAUUACAGAAAAACCAAUUGAACCGGUUAAAAUUUACUCUGAGAAAGAAUUGGUUAGAGAAAUUGAGAAGAUUGGUGCUACGCUUGUGCCAGAACAAGAUUGGUCAGUUAGGAUUGCGGCAAUGCAAAGACUUGAAGGCCUUGUUUUUGGAGGUGCUACAGAUUAUGCCUCAUUCCAAAGUCUGUUGAAGCAGCUUGUUGGUCCUCUAAGUAUUCAGCUAUCUGAUCGACGUUCCAGCAUUGUAAAACAGGCGUGCCAUUUGUUAGGCUUCUUAUCAAAAGAGCUUUUGGGAGAUUUUGAGACAUGUGCAGAGAUGUUUAUUCCGGUGCUUUUCAAGUUGGUUGUGAUAACAGUGCUUGUUAUAGCAGAAUCUGCUGAUAAUUGCAUAAAAACGAUGUUGCGAAAUUGCAAAGUUGCUCGUGUGCUUCCUCGUAUUGCAGAUUCUGCAAAGAAUGAUCGAAGUGCAGUACUUCGUGCUAGGUGCUGCGAAUAUGCACUAUUGAUCCUUGAAUGCUGGGCUGAUGCACCUGAAAUACAGAGGUCAGCUGAUCUCUAUGAGGACCUUAUCAAAUGCUGUGUAGCAGAUGCCAUGAGUGAGGUACGAUCCACAGCAAGGACAUGCUACCGGAUGUUCACCAAGACCUGGCCUGAACGUUCACGGCGCUUGUUUUUGAGCUUUGAUCCUGUGAUUCAGAGAAUAAUCAAUGAAGAAGAUGGUGGCAUCCACAGAAGAUAUGCUUCACCUUCCCUUCGUGAGCGAGGCACACAACCACCAAAAGGCGCACUGCAGUCAUCUGCUCAAUCAAGUUUGCCUGGUUUUGGAACUUCCUCAAUUGUUGCAAUGGACCGAACCACAGGUUUAAAUUCGGGAGCUUCUCUCUUCUCUGGAAGUCAGCUUUUAUCACAGGCAAAGACUGUAGGUAAAAGUUCAGAGAGAAGCCUUGAGAGUGUACUGCAAGCAAGCAAACAGCAAGUUACAGCUAUUGAAAGUAUGUUGAAGGGCUUGGAUAUAUCGGACAAGCAUACCUUAGCACGUUCAGCCACUCAUGAUCUAGGAGCGGACCCUCCAUCUUCUCGUGAUCCUCCCUUUCCAUUGGCUGCACCUGCAUCUAAUCACACGUCAGCGCAGACCUCUAUGCUGCCUAGCUCAACUACUGCAAAUAAAGGUGGUACCCGAAAUGGUGGGUCCAUGUUACCAGAACUUGUAAUGGCCCAAGGUUCAGCUUCUAGAGAUACUAGUAAGUCGUUGUAUGCAAGUAAUAUGGCUACAGAUCCAUUGUCAACACUCUCUCUCCUUCACACAGCCAAGAGGAUUCCUCUUUCUUCUGAACGAGGACAAGUGGGUGGUGAAGAUAUUGCUGAUGUUAAAUCAACUAGGCGGCUUCCAAAUAUGCAAUUUGAUAGGCAGUAUUUGGAUACACCUUACAAAGAUCCAGCUUACAGAGACACCCAGAGUUAUAUCCCCAACUUCCAGAGGCCUCUUUCACGGAAACAUGCAUCUGGGAGGGUUGUCUCUAGUGGUAGAAAUAGCUUUGAGGAAACUCAUCUUCAAAUUGGAGAAAUGUCUAGCUACUCAGAUGGUCCUUUGUCAUUGAAUGAAGCUUUAACUGAGGGGCUGAGUCCUAAUUCCAAUUGGUCAGCAAGAAUAUCUGCUUUUAAUUUUAUCAAUAGUUUACUUCAACAAGGACCUAAAGGGAUGCAGGAAGUUUCCCAGAGCUUUGAGAAGAUCAUGAAGUUGUUUUUUCAGCAUCUAGAUGACCCGCAUCAUAAAGUAGCUCAGGCAGCUUUUACAACACUCACUGAGAUGAUUCCAGUUUUUAGGAAACCAUUUGAAAGUUACCUGGAGAGGAUCCUGCCUCAUGUUUUCUCACGAUUGAUAGAUCCAAAGGAAGUUGUUAGGCAGUCUUGUUCAGCAACGUUGGAAAUAGUUGGUAGCACAUAUGGUAUAGAAUCUUUACUUCCAGCUUUUCUUCGUUCAUUGGAUGAGCAACGUUCACCUAAGGCAAAAAUUGCUGUCAUUGAGUUUGCCAUUAGUUCCUUCAAUGCACAUGGAGUUAGUUCUGAUGGUUCUAGUUUUGGUGUACUGUUAAAAUUAUGGCUUGGUAAGUUGGCACCUCUGGUUAAUGAGAAGAAUUCAAAGCUUAAAGGAACUGCCAUUGCUGGUAUUAUAUCAGUUUAUUCUCAUUUUGAUUCUGCUGCUGUCUUAAAUUUUAUUCUUGGACUAUCUAUGGAUGAACAAAAUUCUAUGAGGAGGGCACUCAAACAGUAUACUCCUAGGAUAGAGGUGGAUCUCAUGAACUUUCUACAAAGUAAGAAAGAACGUACACGGUCAAAAUCAUUCUAUGACCAAGCAGAUGUCAUUGGAACAUCUUCAGAGGAAGGCUAUGCAGGAACAACAAGGAAAAGUCAUUUCUUUGGAAGGUACUCUGGUGGUUCUAUUGAUAAGGAUGGAGGGCGGAAAUGGAAUUCCAUGCAUGAAUCCAUGUUGAGGGGAUCGUCUGUUGGUCAUGCAUCUUCUGAGGACCUGCAGGAAGACUACCUGGAUUAUGAGUCUGGUUCAAAGCCUGAAUUGCAGCUUAACAUCUCUGAUAGAGUUCCCAAAGGUGUUUCUACUGUAGAAAACAAGGGUCACAGGGGUGAUCCACUAAAUUCUGAUAGUGCAGGGCCUGCAGGCCAUGAAACAGAUUUUGGAAAUUCUGUUUUAACUCCUCGUUUAGAUGGACUUGCCAACUUGGAACACCAAGGAGGUCAAGGCCCAGGACUUAAUGGAGAGAGGCACAAGGAUGUAAUAGAGGUAAAUCAGGAUAAAACCUUGCUACUCAGAAAUGCCCCUUUGUUGGAAUCUGGACCGAGUAUUCCUCAACUUCUUCACCAGGUAUGCAAUGGGAAUGAUGAAAACUCGACUAAAAGAAAAAUGGAAGCACUUGAAAAGCUAGUUCAUGUUUCCAUAGACAAAGAUCCUUCAAUAUGGACAAAGUAUUUUAACCAAAUUCUAACAGCAGUCCUCGAUGUGAUUGAUGAUUUGGAUCCUUCCGUCAGGGAGCUUGCUCUUUCUCUGAUCGUUGAAAUGCUCAACUAUCAGAAAGAGUUAAUGGAGGAUUCUGUUGAAAUUGUUAUUGAAAAAUUGCUCCACGCCUCAAGGGACUUGGUUGCAAAGGUAUUAUUAUUGUUUAUUUUGAGAAGUUGCUAUUUUGUGACCCUUUUCAGUAUAUGAAUAUAUUAUGUUUAUAUUCAGGUUUCAAAUGAAGCAGAUCGCUGUUUGUCGAUUGUAUUAGCCCAGUAUGAUCCACACAGAUGUCUUUCUGUUAUUGUGCCGUUGUUAGUAAGUGAAGAUGAGAAGAUGCUUGUGUCUUGCAUUAACUGUUUGACAAAGCUUGUUGGGCGGCUAUCGGAGGAGGAGUUAAUGGCUCAGCUACCUUCAUUUCUACCUGCUCUUUUUGAUGCUUUCGGAAAUCAGAGUGCAGAUGUUCGCAAGAUCGGCAGCAGAUUGAAUUGGAACAGAAACUAUGCGGCAAAAGACAUUAAGUUUGGUGUUGAAGCCCGAGCAUUGAUGCUCAAGGGCGUUGAAGACCUUGCGGAUGCAGUUAAGGUUACAAUGGGUCCUAAGGGGCGUAAUGUCGUUAUAGAGCAAAGCUUUGGGUCGCCCAAGGUGACAAAGGAUGGUGUUACCGUUGCCAAGAGCAUUGAGUUCAGUGACAGAGUCAAGAACAUGGGAGCUAGUCUUGUUAAACAAGUUGCCAACGCCACCAAUGAUGCUGCAGGAGACGGUACUACUUGUGCCACAAUUUUGACAAGAGCCAUUUUCACGGAAGGCUGUAAAUCUGUUGCUGCCGGAAUGAAUGCCAUGGAUUUGCGUAGGGGCAUCUCAAUGGCAGUUGAUUCUGUUGUCACUAGCUUAAAAAGCCGAGCUCGGAUGAUCAGUACAUCAGAGGAGAUAGCUCAGGUCGGUACAAUAUCUGCAAAUGGAGAAAGAGAGAUUGGGGAGCUAAUAGCUAAAGCCAUGGAAAAAGUUGGCAAAGAGGGUGUUAUUACCAUUUCAGAUGGUAAGACAUUGUUCAAUGAACUAGAAGUUGUUGAAGGGAUGAAGCUUGAUAGGGGUUACAUAUCACCUUACUUCAUCACUGAUCAGAAAACCCAGAAAUGUGAACUUGAGGACCCUCUUAUUUUGAUCCACGAAAAGAAAAUUUCCAGUAUAAAUGCUGUUGUUAAAGUGUUAGAGCUAGCAGUAAAGAGACAGAGACCUCUGUUAAUUGUUGCAGAAGACGUAGAAAGUGAUGCACUUGCUACUCUAAUUCUAAAUAAGCUUCGUGCUGGCAUAAAGGUUUGUGCUGUUAAAGCUCCUGGAUUUGGUGAAAAUCGGAAAGCAACCAUGCAGGAUCUAGCCACACUUACUGGAGGCCAGCUCAUAACUGAAGACCUGGGAAUGAACCUUGAAAAAGUGGAUCUGGAGAUGCUGGGUAGUGCUAAAAAGGUGACUGUAUCUAAAGAUGACUCUGUUAUUCUUGAUGGAGCUGGUGAUAAGAAAGCCAUUGAGGAAAGAUGUGAUCAGUUAAGAUCUGCAAUAGAAGCAUCUACUUCUGAUUAUGAUCGGGAAAAGUUGCAAGAGAGGUUGGCAAAGCUUUCUGGAGGGGUUGCUGUUCUCAAGAUUGGAGGAGCUAGUGAAGCAGAAGUAGGGGAGAAGAAAGAUAGAGUCACUGAUGCACUUAAUGCAACAAAAGCAGCUGUUGAAGAGGGAAUCGUGCCAGGUGGUGGCGUUGCACUCCUUUAUGCAUCAAAGGAGCUAGAAACUCUGCAGACUGCAAAUUUUGAUCAGAAAGUGGGGGUUCAGAUUAUUCAGAAUGCUUUGAAGAUGCCUGUUUAUACCAUUGCAUGCAAUGCUGGAGUGGAGGGCGCAGUUGUUGUGGGCAAACUUCUAGAGCAGGACGAUCUUGAUCUUGGAUAUGAUGCUUCUAAAGGUGAAUAUGUUGACAUGGUGAAGACUGGAAUUAUUGAUCCUGUUAAAGUAAUAAGAACUGCACUGGUUGAUGCUGCAAGUGUGUCUUCUUUGAUGACCACGACGGAGGCAGUUGUAGUGGAAAUCCCAAAGGAUGAGAAGGGUCCGUCGCCAAUGGGCGCUGGCAUGGGAGGCAUGGAUUAUUGAGAUGCUUGAUUAACUCCUGAAUGGAACCACAAGAGUUUGUCCUUUUAAUCCUGUUUGGCUUUCCAUCUUUUCCAUUUUUCACCAAUUUUAGCUUGGAGGGUGAACUGUGAAUUGUAACGAAGAGAUGCCAUUAGGGAAUUUUGUGCUGCUGUAAUAAUAAUAGCUAGUUGAACAGUCAAGCUACUGUGGAUCCAAGUUCUCAUCACGGUCUUGUUACAUAAUUAUUGGCACGAUUUAGUUCCCCAUAAUUUAAUUGUUACAGCCUUUCCUCUGCACACCAAAUGGGAUACCUUGUUGAA